AGUUAGAAACAGGAGAGCUGCACGAAAAGCUCUCCGAGGAGCCGCGGAGAGGCACGGAGAGGGCGUUCCACGUUGGAGAAGGCGGUCCUAUCUGUCCGUGUCCGUCAAAACGGAGAAGCAUACAUUGGCCUGUCGUGUAGUGGACGUCGCUUUGACUGUCCGUGAGGCACGGAAGUCACUAAACACAGAAACUCUACCGCCAAAAGCGUUUCGGCGGUGUAAUUGCAGAGCGACUCACAUUCCUAGCCACAACUAUGGAUUAUCGGCCCCUUAUGCGUACCUACGGCGUAGCUUCGAGGCUGAAGCGUGAAUUGGUCAUAAUGCCCCGUUUCAUAAACCUCAGAGCUCGGAAUUUUACGAUCCACGAGACGGCAGUUGCAACUGGAACGCCCCAUCAAGUCGGCUCCGAAGGUCUGAGGAACCCCCCCACCCCCAACUUCGAAAUCCAAGAUGGCCCUUCCGUAUACCAACAGUAGUGAAAGCUGUAGUUUUUACUGUGUCGGACACAUAGAACAGUCCAAUCUGAAGACGUUUUCCUACGGCGUUACGAGGGCCGAGCUUAAUGGAAAACGGUCCUAGUGAUUGAAGGUUUGGGUUUUGUCGUCACUGGGUUGCUUGCUUGCUUAAAAUGGUAACUGUUGACGUUCAUUUAGCAGCCUCCAAUUCAAAAGAGAAACUCAUUAUACCCACGUCAAGUAUGCUUUCGUGGUCUGUUUGCGCGUUGUUAGCGGGGUUUUUGAGUGCGGCCGCGUCUCUGUCUGCAAAGCUUUCCCUUGGUGCGGACUACAUAAGAGAUGUGUGUAACUUAACGAUGGAAAAAUACGGUGGAACUACAGAUUGUGACUGGCUCCACGCCCCCCUGCGGCUGCUGUGUGGAGCUCUGCUGUUCACCUGCAACACUGUCAUGUGGACGUUCUUCUCUAAGGCUCUCCGACACUGCUCCUCUACAGCCAGAGCUACAGUGAUUACCACUGCGUCCAAUUUCAUCUCCUCAGCCCUCCUGGGAAGGCUGAUUUUUGGAGAGACGCAUGCUGUUCUAUGGUGGACAGGCAUCUCUGUCACUCUGUGUGGACUUUUGGUGCUUCAUGUAUCCACGCCUCAGUCUCCUCAUCAGGAGGAGGGAAAAAAGAAAGAGUAAUGACAGUAAUUUAACUUGUCCCAAUUGUGUGGCCUCUGCUCUUCAUUCAUGGCCACAACAAACUUUGGUCAGCCAGGAUGUCUUCAUUGACAAACUGAGACUGGAUAAUGGAAUAUCUUAGACACUCACCCAUGAAAAGAAGCAACUCAGUGUUUUAAUAUAAGAGCAGGUAAAAACUGUUGCACAGAUCUGACAGUACCAGCAGUCCCAGACACCUCUUCCCCCUGUUGGAAUAUAUUGUUAGCUCAUAGAUCUGACUUUGUCACUGAAUUGAGAUUAAAGCAGGUUUUGAAUUAAUACAAAUAAUUGUCAUUUUUAAACUA